CUAUUUCACUUCCAACACUCACUCACUCACACUUUCUCUCACCGCUUUCUUCCACCCAAAACCUAAUCCCAAUUCUCUCAAUGGCAAAGAAAAACUCCGCCACGGCCGCCGUUAAAGACGACCCACCACCGCAAGAAGACAAAAUCGAACAACAUGAUGAAAACGAUGAAGAAACUUCGUCAGAAGCAGGUUCUUCAUCUGAAGGAGGGGAAGAAGAAGAAGAAUCAUCCGAAGAAGAAGCUCCAAAAACCACUCCACCUCCAAAAACCAACCCCAAGAACAAUUCAGUAGAAGAUGAAGACGAAGAAGAAACUGAUACUGAUGAAGACGAACCACCUCCAAAAACCAAACCCAUUGAACAAACCCUAAAAUCAGGAACCAAACCCUCCAUAGCACCUGCCAGAUCUGGAACCAAACGACCUGCUGAAAACAACGACACCAAACAAUCAAACAAGAAGAAAACAACCGAGGAGAAGAAUAAGAAGAAGGAGAAAGAGCCGGAGGAGGAUGACAAUAGCAAUAACAAGAAAGCGUCGUUUCAGAGAGUUUUCACGGAGGAUGAUGAGGUUGCAAUUCUCCAAGGGCUUGUUGAUUUCACUGCCAAAUCAGGGAAUGAUCCUACUAAGCAUCUAUCAGCCUUUUACCAAAUUGUGAAAAAGUCGGUUCAUUUUAAAGUUACGCUUGAUCAAUUGCGCGAUAAGGUUCGGAGGUUGAGGUUGAAGUAUGAGAAUAAAAUUAAGAGUAAGAAGACUCCUACCUUUUCAAAGCCGGUAGAGGAGACAAUGUUUGAGCUUUCGAAGAAGAUCUGGGGUGGUGGUAAAGUUGAUGUUAAUGAAGGUGAAGAGAAUGAGAAAGUUAACGGGAAGCCUGCGAAGAAGGAACUGGCUGUUAAGAAAGCAGCAGCAGCGAGGACAACUAAGAAAUUGGUGAUGGAGCCUGAUUCGCCAUUGGUGGUUUUGAAGGUGGACAGUGGUAAUGGAAAGGAGGAUACUGGUUUGAGUUUGGUUUCGAAUGAAACAAUUCAUUUUGAGCCGGUUAUAGAUGUGGUGAAGAGGGGAGUGGAGUCGAUCGAGGAAUCAAAGAGGGGUGAAUUGGAGAGAUUGAUGAAUAAGUACAAAAUUGCUGAAAUGGAGCUGUUUAUGCAGAAAACCGAGUUGGCUAAGGAAACGGCUACCAAGAUAAGGGAUGCAUUGAAUUCAUCAUCAAGCCAUUAGGUUUGUUGUUUUAGGCAGGCUUGAUUUUCUGUGACUAUAACCUCUGAUUUAUGUAAGUGUCUGAUUUGUGGUCAUUUUGUUGCUAUGAAGUAGUGAUUUUUUAGUUUAUAAUUCUGUUGUUAUUUUAGAGUUUUUGAAAUUGGUACCAUGGUUUUGAAAUUGAUUGAGUAUCUUAUGAACAAACAUGCAAAUGCACACAUUAUGAUGUUUUGAUGAUUAUAGUAUUGGUAUAGUAUUCUGGAAAUCAGGUUAUGGAGA